AUGACAUGGCUCACUGCAGAAUCCCCACUCAUAGACUGGCAACAGGGUCUUAUCACGUUCCCGGAACAAGUACAGAUUGCCUCAGAAGAAGAAGCAGAUCCGGACCCUUUAGCAGACCUCCCCUCUCAAUAUCACGAGUUUGCUAGAGUAUUUGGCAAAGAGGAGUUUAAGGUCCUCCCCCCACAUAGGGAGUACAAUAUCUCAAUCGACCUCAUUCCGGAUACCAAACUGUCCCCUGAGUCCAAGGCGCUCAAACAACACAUCGACGAAGAGUUAGCCACGGGGAAGAUCCGCCCUAGUACUUCCUCAGCAGGCGCCCCGGUUAUGUUCGUAAAAAAGGCCGAUGGAUCCCUUUGUCUGGUAGUUGAUUAUAGGAAGCUGAACGACGUAACCCACAAAAACGUCUACCCCCUCCCAAGGCAAGAUGACCUAAUGGCUAAAUUAAGGCACGCCAAGAUGUUUACCAAGCUGGAUCUACGAUGGGGGUAUAACAAUGUCCGGAUCAAAGAGGGAGAUGAAUGGAAAACAGCCUUCAGGACCAAAUAUGGGUUAUUUGAGGACCUCAUUGAUGUCACUGUGGUUAUAUACCUGGAUGAUAUACUAAUCUUCUCAGAGAAACCUGAAGACCACCCAACCCAUGUCAGGGAGGUCUUAUCACGGCUCAUGAAGAACCAGUUAUUCUGCAAACUCUCCAAGUGCCACUUCCAUGUCACGACAGUAGAUUAUCUUGGUAUCGUCAUCUCCCCAGCUGGGUUCUCAAUGGACCAAAAGAAGAUUGAGGCCGUCACUUCCUGGCCCACUCCCAAAACGAUCAAACAGCUUGGUUGCACGUCCCCUCCACAACCUCACCAAAAAGGAACCCCCUGGUCAUGGGGUAACCUAGAGGAAGAAGCAUUCCAGGAACUGAAACUCCUUGUCACCCAGUCACCGGUCCUCAUCCACUCCAACCCAAACCUACCCUAUUACUUGGAAACAGAUGCAUCGGGAGUAGCUAUGGGCGCCAUAUUAAGCCAAAGAGGACCAGACAAUCAAUUACACCCUAUUGCCUAUAUGUCCAAGUCGUUCUCAGGGGCAGAAGCAAACUAUGACACCCACGACAAGGAACUCCUGGCAAUCAUCAAGGCCUUGGAGGAAUGGAGAAUCUUCCUGGAGGCAACAGAAAAGCCAAUACAAGUCUUCACGGAUCAUAGGAACUUGGAAUACUGGAUGCAGGCACGGACGUUCAACAGAAGGCACGCACGCUGGCGGAUUUUCCUGAGCAAUUUCAACUUUGAAAUACACUAUCGCCCAGGGAAACAAUCAGGAAAACCCGACGCCCUUUCCAGAAGGUCAGACUACAUAGACCCCAAGGCAGAACUUGAGAUCGUCACGGAAAUCCGGAACAGGAUAAGGGAAGACCCCUCCCUGGAACCCAUCAUCCAGUUCCUAACAGAGGACGCAGAUAACGCACCUCCCUCUAUUCGGAAAGCCUAUCGGGAUUAUGACUGGGAAGAGGACCUCCUAUGGUAUCGCGGGAAACUAGUGGUACCGGACUCAGAACCCCUUAAAGAAAACUGCUAA